GUAAAGGUACACAGAGGGUGGUGCCAGCUUGCUCCACACAAGCUUCGCCUCAAUGGAAAUUUUGUCUCGCGUUGCCCCCCCACCGCCGCCUCUUUUUCUGGCACCCGCUAUCUAUGGCCGCUGAGCUGGGGGGACGCUAGCCUGACGGAGCCUGGUACAGCGCUGUUCAGUACUGUACAGAGCACUCAGCGUACAGUGCACUCAGUCAGUGUGUGCCUGCUUCAGCUGGGUUGGCCAUGUCUCGCCCAUCGCCGUGUGCGCUAACAGGCCGCUGAGCGUGACGGAUUAUUCCCCUGGGGCCCUGCCCUGGCCUUGCUUUGCACCAAGCCGUCCGCCUAGCACUGGGGGUCCCUCCCCCCCGUUUCUGCCUCUGGCCGCCUUCUGACGUUGCGCCUAGCCACAGGCCACGCACCUCCCGCCCCAGUUCCUGGUCGUCUCCUCCCAGCAUCGUCCGCUCAACACGCACUUAGCUUCGCCAUCACCGCAUUUACUUGGUUUACGCCGAGCAAACCCCCUUUCAUCAACCACAUUCAAUCCACCUGCUGCACCGACGCCGUCUCGCCUCGUCCUUUCGCCAGCCGCCAUCGCAUCUCGCUUUUUUUCUCCUCACUUUAACAUCCACAUAAACAAUCCGACACCAUGGCUGAGAUCCGCCGAAAGCUUGUCAUCGUUGGUGAUGGUGCCUGCGGCAAAACCUGCUUGUUGAUCGUCUUCUCCAAGGGCACUUUCCCCGAGGUCUACGUCCCCACCGUUUUCGAGAACUAUGUCGCUGAUGUCGAGGUUGACGGCAAGCACGUCGAGCUCGCCCUCUGGGAUACUGCUGGCCAGGAAGAUUACGACCGUCUCCGCCCUCUCUCUUACCCCGACUCCCACGUUAUCUUGAUCUGCUUCGCCGUUGACUCCCCCGACUCUCUUGACAACGUCCAGGAGAAGUGGAUUUCCGAGGUUCUGCACUUCUGCCAGGGUCUCCCCAUCAUCCUUGUUGGUUGCAAGAAGGAUUUGCGAUAUGAGAACAAGGUUAUCGAGGAGCUCCGCAAGACCAGCCAGAAGCCCGUCCUCCCCGAAGAGGGUGAGGAGGUCCGCAAGAAGAUUGGUGCAUACAAGUACUUGGAAUGCUCUGCCAGAACCAGCGAGGGUGUCCGUGAAGUUUUCGAGCACGCUACUCGCGCUGCGCUCAUGUCCCGCAAAAAGACCAAGAGCGGCAAGAAGUGUCUUAUCCUGUAAGCUGUUUCGUCGUGCGGCGAGCCGCCCACCAGAUUACGACCGCCACUACAUAUCCCUAUUUUUCGGCACCGUCUUACGCUAUAAUACAAUCCUAUUUUCGACGCUUGUUUGCAUUGUGCAAAGGUUCUUGUUCUUUGUUGAUUGGUAAAUGGUAACAAAACGAAAUAUCUCGUCUCUACGCGCCAAGAUUCAGGGUGCGAGUUUAUUGCUUUUACAUGGUCUCAGCAGUGAGCGCAUGGGCUGGGGCUGCCUUUGCCGGAUUCGGGAUCCAUGGUUUCGUUUCUGGCGAGGGAGGGAGCAACGGUCUGGUGUGUUGAGCUCUUGUGUGGUAUGUGGGAGGCUUUUGAAGCUGGUCUAGGAUGGGGAAGAGGAGAUGAGUCGCAUUGUCCAAGGUGGCAUCGAGAUGCUCGGUUCUCGGCAGGCGUAGGCAUCAAGUCCUCCCGCCAUAUGUUUUGGUUGGAGUAGCUUGUUACCAACCCUGUGAGAGCUGCAAAGUGGCCGUGGUUUCUUUUAUCGUUAUUGUACUCGGUUGGUGGCAGCAGGAUAUUGUAGCUGCUGUUUAUUACUGCUGCUACACGUGGCUCGCCGAUUCUAAUGUGUUGUUUAGCACUGAUUUUUACUAGAAGACAAUGUUUGGUAUCC